AUGUCAUUCCUCACCUCUAUCCGGGCUUCAUCCCGUCAAGCUCUCCGCUCCAAUGUCGUUAUCCCCGCCUCCACAUUUCACACAUCAGCCGUUCGAAGCUUGAACGAGAAUGACCGUCACCGCGACAACCUCGCUGAACACUAUGAAUCUCAUAAGCAAGACGCUCUCAAGAGCUCCAAGGAAGGCCAGGGGAAGUGGAAGUCUGAGCUAGCCAGUACCAGCGAAGCCGAAAUCAAAGCGGAUCGUGGCGAAUUUGAUGGCGACCAUUCUUCUUUCAAGGAUAUGCAAAAUAAGACGAAACAUUUGCCACACGAGCAGCAGAAGGCAAAUGAGGGCAAGAAAUGA